AUGAGGAAAUUGGUAGGGAAAAAGCCAGUGAAACACAAGAAAGCUCUAUCAACCAACCAACCAAAAAAAACAAUAUCAAAUCCAGUUAAAAAUAAUAAAACUAUGAGUAAAGCUAAGAACAGAACAAUACCUAUUAAACGUGAAGGUAGCAAAACUGCACCACCAAAGCGUAUCGUGAAGAAAUCUGUACCAAUCAGAAUGGAUAUGACGCCAGAGCCAGGAGGUAAGAGGAGAACUCCUAUCAGAUACAAGCGAAUACCCCCAAGCAAAAGCGAACAAACGAAGGAAAAAAUAAUUAAAAGGAAUAUAGCAACACACAAACCAAUCGAAAUCAAAUCCACGAAAGUCAACUUAGAAAUGGAAAUCGCUCAAAAAUUGAUGAGAAGGGUCAUGGAGAACCUUAAGAGGUCGAUCAAGUCUGAAGUGAAGGAUAUGUCUAAGAUAGCAAAAGAAAAUGUUGAUAAGGCGAAAAAUAUGAAUAAUGCAAAGAAGCCUGUUCCCAAAGGGAAAGAGAAACCAAAAACGGUAAAUAAGAGGCAGAUUAAGAAACCGAAUAAGAAACCACCUCAGAAGAAGCCUAAGCCUAAGAAACCUAUGAAAAAGCCUAUAUACAACCCUAAGGCAAAGCCAACCAGAAAACCCACCGUUACACAAUAUUCUAGACAGAAACGAGAUGUCAGUAGAGAAAGUCAUAUUUUAACUUUAACUAAACCUAAAGUUCCAGGCUAUCUUACAACAGUCAGCCAUGAGGAGUCAGCCGGGGAUAACACUACAACUGCGCUGUCUAUAAUACCAAUGGCCACUAAUUUAUUAGUCACCGAGGAAGCCAACUACACACGCCCUGCGAGACACAGCACGCUUCCAGGAAACGAGUAUUAUAGAUAUGUUGUUGGUGGUGAAGACUCUAAGGUCGGUAUGGAUACGCCAGCAGGCGAAACAGGAACCACACAGGUUAACAUGACUGAAACUGUAUUUGACCUCAUUGACGGUCAGCCGACUACUAUAGCCCCCACAGAAAUUACUGAAAUUAUUUACACCAUACCACCAGUAAUACACUAUGAAGUAAACAAAACAGUUGUUAACAUAACGAAAUUGCACGAUUUGAAGAUUUCAAAAUGGUCUCAUUUAAAACGAUUCAAAGAUAAGAAAAACAACUCCAGUUCCGAUAAGCAUAAGAACUUCGGAAAAUUAGUAACACAUACAAAUUUCAACCAGUCUAAAGGCAAAGAAAGGAUCCAUGGGAAGAAUGUGGCACGAAAAAUAAAUGGUAGGAAGUUUAAUGUAGUUAAACUACUGAGGCAUCCAAAAUGUAAAAUGGACGCCUGUUUCAAUGAUAACAGCAGCAGUACACAAGCUGGAAGUAAAAACAUUGGUGACUUACAUGGCAUACUAACGCAAAUACUAAAAAGCAUGGAUACAAACACUACCACCGUAACACAAACACUUCAUAGAAGAAGAAAAUUCAGCAUAUUAAGAUAUUUGAAGAGGAUUUUCAAUAAAAUAUUUAAACGUAACAAAACACCCAAUCGGUUGAGCAAGCACCAGCUAAUAGAGACACUGUGUGAAAACUUUGGACCCUGCAUAGUAAGCAGGAAAGACAAAAUGAUCUUGAACGGAAAACUUGCAGACAUAGAUAUAGAAUCUACCAACAUUCUGAAAACAGUCAGAAUUAUCAAAGGUUUGUUGAAGUUGGUGCAGUUACCUAAAACUGCUGGCAGCAAUACUGUGAAACAGGAAAAUUUCCGAAACGAUAUACAAAAACUAAAUCAUAUUCUUAAAGGUGGUUACAAUAAAAAAGAUCAAACAGAUUUAACUACAGCUCAACAGAUUCAAAUUGAUUACAUAAAGAAAAAUACACAGGAAUUUAUAAAAUCUGUCAGUAAGUUCGCAUCACUGCUUAAUGAAAUCAUUAUGAUACUAACUAAACAAGAUGUGAACAUACCCAUUAUUGCUAGCACAGGAAACGAUAUCAAAAACACAACAAAAGAUGAUCCGUUUGAAAAUUUGAAAGACCUUCUUAUAAGAUACAACUUAAUUCAAAACACUUUCAUGAAACGGAUGUACGAACAAUUGAACAAUUUUGAGAAUAAAGUUACUGAAAAGCCGAAGGUGAGUGAAUUUAAGGAUGUGAAUAAUAGUGUAGCGAUAGAAAAUUUCUCAAGGGAUAUCAUUCAAAAUCUCAGGAAGCUGAAGCGUUUCGCUCAAACCGUGAGCUCUAGUUACCGAGCCAAGAGGGCCACGGCCAGAGAUGACGAUGCCAUAGAGUAUCUGUUGAUGUUGAUGGAGUACUUGAUCAAACAAAACCAUCCACUGGAUGCUGCACCAGUUAACGACGGAAUAGAUUUACUCAUAGAAGCUAUCAAAAAUGCACCAGAUAUUAAACCGAUUAAGAAAAAGGUUUUAGAAUACACACCUACACCUUACGUGGAUACCACUACUGCUCCUCCUUUCAGAUCUUAUACCACAGAGAGUUUUUUAACUGAGGAAGAUAGUCCUUCUGAGAGUGAAAAGUCUUCCAGCGAAGAUAGCGGUAGAAUCAAGUUAGAAGAUACCGAAGGGAAAUUAGAAGCACAGAAAGAUAUAGUUGAAAUGGUUGCAGAUGAUGAAAAAUAUCCAUAUCAUCGGGAAGAUAAAUAUCAUUAUGAUCGAAGAGCUGAGCCUGACAAAAUAGAAGAUAUCACUGACGCAGUUUACUAUAAUAGAGUUGAGGGAAAUAUGGGGCCAGAUCAAGAAAACCUGUAUGAAACCACCACAGCUCUGGCUGUUAAUUCAGAAUUAGGUGAUAAAUUGGAUAGUCAUGAUGAUGUUAAUGCAGAGAAAACUCUGGCUAUAGAAAACAAUAUAGAGAAUAAUAUUCUUGAUAAACCGCUUGUAGAAGUGGAAAAUAAUGAGAAGAAAUUUGAAGUGUUUGUUGGAGAUAUGGAUGAUGAAGUGAUUCCAUCAAGCACUACUCCGGUUGUAGAAGUACUACUGUCAACAACAACCACGGAAUCUUACAUGCAAUCUAAACCUAAACCUAAAAAUAAAAUGAGACACUUGGAUUUAGAUUCAUUCGACAGCGAAAGUAUUGACAAGAAAUCGAAACUAGAAUGGAUUGAAGAAAAUUUUGGUAAAGGGUAUGUUAAAACUAAAGAAUCGGAAGAACGUCACACUACAUUGGCUGCAACUACGACUGCAAAGAGUAUAGUAACACCAGCCACUGACAAGGGAGAUGUCAGUAGUCUCACUAGAGAAGAGAGACUUGAUGACAAUGAUAAAAACAGUAAGAAGAAUAAAAUAAAUGCUGAAGAAGUGAUGUUGAGGAAACAAAUGGAUCUUCUGAAUUCUCUUGACUACGGAACUGAGAAGGGCGAAGUGUUUGGGUCUGAUUCUAAAGAUGGAAUCAAUGAGGAACGGUAUGCCAGUGAUAAUUUUCCGUCGUAUUUCGUCUAG